AUGGAUGUGUUUAAAAGCCGGUUGUUGGGGAUUUCCGUGGCCGUUGCGCACGGCGUUUUCUCCGGCUCUCUGAACAUCUUGCUGAAGUUCCUCAUCAGUAAUUAUAACUUCAACUUCUUGACACUCAUCCAGUUCUUGACCAGCAGCACCGCAGCGCUCACUCUGGAGACCCUGAGGCGGCUGGGGAAGGUCGACAUCCCACCGUUCAGCAUGCAGCUCUCCAAGGAGUUUGGUCCGGUGUGUAUCCUCUCCACGCUACAGUCCACUCUCACUCUGUGGUCUUUACGAGGCCUCAGCCUUCCCAUGUACGUGGUGUUCAAACGCUGCCUGCCGCUUUUCACACUCAGCAUCGGUGUGUGUAUACUGAGGAAUGGCGUGCCCUCCUUGGGCGUAGUGAUCGCUGUGAUAAUCACCACCGGUGGAGCCGCACUGGCUGGUGCUGGAGAUCUCACUGGCGAUCCCUUCGGUUACAUCACCGGUGUUUUAGCGGUGAUCAUCCAUGCCUCCUACCUGGUCCUGAUCCAGAAAACCAGUCUGGACAGCGAGUAUGGGCCACUCACAGCACAGUACGCCAUCGCUAUCAUGGCCACACCGGUGCUGCUGGUGUGCUCCUUCAUUUCCAUGGAUGCCAUCCACAUGUGGUCAUACGAGGGCUGGAAUAACCCCUACAUCACGUCCAUCUUCACCUUGUGCAUCUUCAUCGGCUGUGCCAUGAACUUCACCACACUGCACUGCACCUACAUCAACUCUGCCGUCACCACCAGCUUUGUGGGUGUAGUCAAGAGCAUCGCCACCAUCACCGUCGGCAUGCUGGCAUUCAGUGAUGUUGCGCCAACAAAGCUGUUCAUUGGUGGUGUGGUGGUGAACACUGUUGGCUCCAUCACCUACUGUGUGGUCAAAUACUUUGAGACGAAGAGGAAGAGCUCAUAUGAGGAUUUGGAGGAGUCUGGGAAGGAUAGCUCGCUCCCCGGCGAGCCUUACCAAGAGAAACCCCCACUGAACAACUUUGGGCCCGCAGAUGGCACCGGAUCUGACCCAGGACAACCAGAGAAAGAGGUAACACUGAGCAACGAAUGUAAUGAGGAGGCACCAGCUGGUUUGGCUAAUGGAGAGUUGAGGACGGGAGAUGGUGGACAAGGAUAUGAUGAAGGAAGCAUGAAUACCAGUGUCAUGACGGAAAACGAGUUGCUGGAGAUGCAGAGAGAGCAUCUCAACAAGGAGAACACCUCAUCCAAUCAGUCAGCCAGUGACAGUUAUCUCGGGGUGUGGAGGUCCAUCAGACAUCUGCAGUUCAUGAAGAAAGACCCUUUGAUUGAUAACAUGGAGCAGCAGAGUCCAUAA